UAUCCAGAUCCUGGCCGAAUGAGAGAGCCAGCAUCCUAAUGUAGCAUUUUUUCGUUUUAAUUUUUUUUGAUAAUGUUAGUGCUGUAUUUAAUUGGUGCUUGUUAUUAUAUUUUCCCGCCUACGGUUGGUCUCAACGACAAAAACCAUACCGCAAAAUUAUCGGACGAUGAUUAUUAUGUGAACUACGACUACGAUUUAAGCAAUAAUUCUGCAGAUAAGGAAUCCAAAUCGGAUUCUCUGAUCCUUCCCAAUCCGGAAGUUAUGGAUUUGAAGUAUGCGGUAGAUGUGCUUCCCAAUGUAGAGUUGCCAGACGAUUCUUUGGCCGACUCGGACUUGAAAGACCACAACUGCAUAGACAAUAUCAUGUACGUCUACUACGGGGGAAACGGUCGGAACUCCAAGAGCUACGGCACCGGAAUAAUAAUCAUAGGAUCAGUGAUGAGCUGCGCCGCUCAACUGUUGACUCUGUUUUGCGUCUUGCUCAAGAAAUAUUACAAGGGCAGGAAGAUCAGCAUGAUGCUCAUAGCUGUUCACAUUUUUCUUACCAUGUUUUUGUCGAAUUUCAUAUUUAUGUUGGGAGUUUACUCCACCAAAAAUACGGAAAACUGUUUGCUCAUAGCGAUUUUAAUAAAUAUAUUUCACCACCACACGGCGAUAUGGAUAUUUUUGUACUGCCUCUAUAUUUACAAAAAGUUUUGCCGCACCUGGGUCUCGUUGUUGUUUAGAAACAUAAACAUGUAUACGUUGGUGACGCACAUGUUACCGCCAAUAAUUACUUUGACCACAUAUUACGCAAUACCAAAAAGCUUCGAAACCAAGAAGUACUGUUUCAAGUCGUUCCAUAGGGGAAUGAUAUUAAAUUUUCUAGCACCGAUUUGCGUUUUACUAAUACUGACCACUAUUUACGCUAUAAGCGCGAUGAUCAAAAUCGAAAACCUGGAAUUGUCCAAGUUGGAUUGCCAUUAUCAGGGCGAGUCCCUUCAUAUUUUCAAGUCCGAUGUCGAGGGUCUGAAACAAAAGAGAGACGAGAGUAUCGGUUACAUAGAUGAUGAGUUAUGCAGUUUGAGGGCGACCAGAAACUGUUUAAAGUCGAUCUGUGUCAUACAGUUGAUAUUUACUAUGAACUGGUUCGCUACGCCGAUCGCUUUGGAGGCCAGCCACAGCAGCACAGAGUUGCCGUUUCUGCAAGCGAUCACUGCUGUGUUGCUGAACUGGUACGUAUUUUUCAAAAGGAAAUGUCUGCUUCCCACAUUGGAUUACACCAUGGAAGAAGAGUCGGAGAAGAACGACGAAGAAGUACUAUCAUCUACGACGGAGAUUCUAAGUAUUUCUUCGUCGGAUAAUAUCCCACUUCUGAAUUCCGAAAACGCCACUGAACUGAAAGAGUUCUGCAGUAUAACUGACGGCAAGGAAUGUGCGAGCGACUAUAACAUUUCCACCAUUAGUACCUAAGUUAUACUGCGUGAUCGAAAUUUUCGCAAUAUUCUAAAGCAUCAAUCAAUAUAAUAAAUAUGUACGUAUACUCGACGUCUUAGUAUUUUUAAGUCAAGUUUGGCGUUCCAGGCGGAAACCUUUUCAAACCGUAUAAACCACAAAAUAUGCACAAAUUAAAAAUGUCGUUUUAAUAAUACUAUACAUCUUAUUAAAGAAAAAUUGUGUAAAUAAUGUAUUUAAGAGUUAGGACAUCGGCCUAUAUCAGUAUUAUUAUAAUAGUUAUUAUCUCGCAUUGUUAAAGAUAUACUCCCCCAAAGUUGUUU